GCAUUUUCAUUGGUUCUUUGUGGUAAAGUCGCAGUCAUCUGUCAGCCAAUCGGUGGAGACAAACAAAGAUCUGCGUGCCUGCGCUGUGGGGGUUGAGAAUAAAACAUAAAUAUUGUUCCUGGACAGCGCGAAUAAGAGUCCAAAACACAAGGUUUCGUUUGGAUCUUUUUUAUUCACGUGAACAACAUCCGUGACACUGUAAAAACAUGGCAGCUGACUGCGAGGCCUGGCUGAGCGCAAACCCAGUUGAUGCUGAGGACCUAAGUGACUCUUUUGUAUCUGGUGACGAAGACAACGGCAGGUCAUCAACAAUCAACAAAAACUCAGAGAUAAAUGGAAACUGGAUUUCCUCAACGAGCAACAGUAUCCAUGAGGCACGUCUCAAGGCGAAGGCCAAACGGAGGCUGCGGAAGAACUCCUCCAGAGACUCAGGAAGGGGGGACUCACUUAGCGACAACGGGGACAUGGUCAGGGGAACUUCAGCAGCUCCCACCAGUCCAAAGAGUAAGCUCUUGGACAGGAAGUCCCGACAGGGCAAAGGCAGAGGUCUGCCAAAGAAAGGUGGGGCUGGAGGCAAAGGUGUUUGGGGCAGAUCUGGUGAAGUUUAUGGGCCAGAACAGGUCGAUGAGAAAGAUCCCAACUAUGAUGAAACUCAGGAAAACUGUGUGUAUGAGACUGUGGUCCCCCCCUUGAAUGAGAGAGACUUUGAGAAGACCGUCACCCCCAUAGUGCAAGAGUACUUUGAACAUGGAGAUACAAACGAAGUAACUGAGUUGCUGAAAGGGCUGAAUCUAGGAACCAUGAGGAGUGAGGUGCCCUCGCUGGCUGUGUCCCUGGCCCUGGAGGCCAAAGCCAGCCAACGGGAGCUGACGUCCAGGCUGCUGUCUGACUUAUGUGGUCCUGUUCUGUCACACAGUGACCUAGAAAACUCUUUUGACAAACUUCUCAGGGAGCUGCCAGAUUUGGUCCUGGACACACCUGGGGCCCCGCAGUUGGUUGGUCAAUUCAUUGCACGAGCUGUAAGCGACCAAAUAUUGUCGGAGGGUUAUAUUGAAGGUUACAAAGGCAGAGUUGACUGUGAAUAUGCAAGAGCGGCACUGGAUCGGGCAGCAGUGCUGCUGAAGAUGAGUCUGGGUGGUCUACGCAUUGACAACCAGUGGGGGACAGGUGGAGGCCAGAGACCUGUCAUGCAGCUCAUUAAAGAGAUGAGCUUAUUGCUGAAGGAGUACAUCGUGUCUGGAGACUGUAAAGAAGCUGAAAGAUGCCUGAAGGAUCUGGAGGUGCCGCACUUUCAUCACGAGUUUGUUUAUAAGGCCAUUGUGAUGGCUUUGGAGUCCAAAGGAGAUAAAACAUUCAACAUGGUUCUGCAGCUUCUUAAGUCGAUCUCUGCAUCUUCAGUUAUCACUGUGGAUCAAAUGAGGAGGGGGUAUAUGAGAGUUUAUAUGGACAUCGCUGAAAUCAACAUAGAUGUCCCACGUGCAUACUUCCUCCUGGAGCAGUUUGUUGACCAAAGCCUUAGCAGAGGAAUAAUUGACGUAAAGUUACGAGAUGUUUGUCCAUGUCGUGGCCGGAAGAGAUUUGUCAGUGAAGGAGACGGUGGGCUUGUCAAACUGUAAGACACUCAAGAUCCUUUACGUCAGAAGUGAAGAAAAUUAUAAAGCUAAUUUUUUACUUGUGUGUUUUUCAAAAUUGUGGUGUACAUUUUUCCCAUUUCAACAGUUGAAAGAAUGUACAAUUGAGGUAGGCAAAAAAAAAAAAGAAAAACUCUGCACUUUCAAUUUUGACCGAUCACCUUCUGAAAGGUGUUUCAAUACAUUUUCAUAAGCUAACCCUUCAAGUGCCACACCUCUUAGCAUCAGUCAUUUGUUUUGUACAGUAUUUUCCUGGUUUCACUGCCACUCCUUUUGUCGUUUAUAAAAAGCAGUGUUUGUACAGAGAUGACAAGUCGAUUUGACAGCUUUAUAUUCAACUAUAUAAAAAUAAACACAAUAAAAAUAAUAAUAAAACACUGUUUUUUAAGCUA